AUGAGCACAUCGACGGGUGCUUUGUUUUCCAACAAAAAUCAGCUCAAACGUCGUCAUAGAGAAUAUGAUCUCGAUGGGAGUGAUACCACAGCCAAACAUGUUGACAGCAAAUACAGAAAGACGGAUAAAUCAGCUGUUCAUUACAAACAAGAUUGGUGUCUCUCUAUCCUACUGACUGUGUGGACAGGCUACAUCAGACUCUGGAAACUAGCACAGCCAUCAUCCGUAGUGUUUGAUGAGGUACAUUUCGGUGGUUUCGCUGCAAAAUACAUCAAUAGAGAAUUUUUCAUGGACGUUCAUCCGCCUUUGGCAAAGAUGAUGAUUACCUGGGCUGCCAUGGUCGCUGGGUUUGACGGUAAAUUUGAUUUCAAAGGCAUUGGAUCCGACUAUCUUGAACCUAAAGUGCCUUAUGUGCAGAUUCGUGCAUUCUGUGCAUUGUACGGUAUUUUGGUGGUUCCUAUUGCUUACUGGACCAUGCGCUCUUGUGGUUUUUCGAUUCCUACUGCUGUAUUGACCGCUCUGUUGCUUUGUUAUGAGAAUGGUCUAGUAACAAACAAUCGAUUAAUUUUGCUGGAUUCGAUAUUAUUGUAUUUCACUGCAUUUACUAUGCUCAUGUGGUUCAACUUUGGCAAGCAUCGAAAGGAUGCCUUUUCUGUCUGGUGGUGGAUUUGGCUCACAAUGACCGGCGUGGGGUUAGGUGCCACUGUGAGUUGCAAAUGGGUUGGAUUACUGACAAUUGCUACUAUUGGCUUGGCUGUGAUGCAUGAAUUGUGGAACAUUUGGGGAGAUGAAAAGGUGUCCAAGUGUACAUUCGUCAAGCAUCUCUUUGCUCGAGCCAUUUGCCUGAUUGUUAUUCCAUUGACCAUCUAUAUUGGGCUAUUCAAAGUUCAUUUUGACAUGCUACCUUUAUCAGGAAAAGGCGACGCUGCCAUGUCUUCUGAAUUCCAGACUUCCUUGACAGGAUAUAGGUUUCCUAAAUCAACCCAAGCAGAUGUCUUGUACGGCUCCAAGAUCACCAUGAAUCAUUUGGCCUAUCGCGGUGGAUACUUGCAUUCUCAUGAACAUCAAUAUCCUGGUGGAAGUAAACAGCAACAAGUUACCGUCUACUCUCAUGUUGAUGAGCAAAACGAAUGGAUUAUUGAAAAGGUGGAUACAGCCAACUUUUCAGCCCCUGAAUUUGUAAAGAAUGGCGACAUCGUUCGCCUUUUGCAUGCAAAAACGCAUAGACGUCUUCAUACGCACAAUAUUCGCCCCAUGACCAACGAUAAAAAGUAUCAAUACGAAGUGAGUGCCUAUGGUUUCCAGGGAUUUGAAGGAGAUAGCAACGACAACUGGCGGGUGGAAAUCAUCUACAGCGGAUCUGACGCUGCUGCUGGAGAUCGUCUUCGGGCUCGUCGCUCUCAGUUCAGGCUGAUAUCUACGACUCAACAUUGUGCUCUCUACUCGCGCAAAUACAAGCUGCCUGACUGGGCCUAUGGUCAACAAGAGGUUACUUGUAUGAAGGACGCUCUCUACCCAAGAUCUCUUUGGAGAAUCGAAACAUCCCAAAGCAGCCUCUUACCUGAAAACACUGAAAUGAUUGAAUACGAGACCAAGAGCUUCUUGUCCAAGGUUUGGGAGUUGAACAAGGUCAUGUGGAGAGUCAAUGCUGGCUUGUCAGCAAGCCAUAAAUUUGCCUCUCGACCCAAGGAUUGGCCUAUGCUUCGUCGUGGCAUCAGUUUCUGGACGAAAAACAACCGCAAAAUCUACUUGCUGGGUAAUCCUCUUGUAUUUUGGGGCUCUACCUUCUGUGUGGUGGCCUAUGUCGCACUGAAAUGUAUCCUCUGGAUUCUCGAAAAGCGUCAAAUGUCUGUGGAUUUCUUUGGUGGUCAGUGGCCUAAAUACGAUGCUGCCGCAAGCUUGCUGUUUGUCUCUUGGGCAAUGCACUACUUUCCGUUCAAUUUGUUUGGCCGUCAACUCUUUCUCCAUCAUUAUAUGCCUGCUCUCUAUAUGGCUGUGUUGCUCAUGGGCGUCUUCUUUGAGAUGCUUACUCGCAAGGCAUCGGCCAAGGUUCGUUGGGCUUUGGUUGUGAUGAUCACUUUCGCUAUCAUUUACGUCUAUCGCAUCUUUCUACCCAUCACGUAUGGUGAACCUUGGUCGACAAGCAAGUGUUUAGAGGCUACAUGGCGUCCUACAUGGGACAUGAGCUGCCAAUGGUAUGACCCCAAACCUAAAAAGACAAUAACAGCAGCAGUCAAGCCAAAGCCAAAGCCAAAGCCAAAGCCAACAGAAACAGCCAGUGCAGAGCAACAGGACAUGGCUGUUGAAAUUCCCAAUGUUGCUGACAAUGUGGAGCAUCAAGAUCAAGUGCGCUCUCCUGCUGGCGCCAUCAAGAAGGCUUCUGUUAAUAAUAAAAUGGAUGUUUCUUCUGACAAGAUGGGCACUGUAGAUCCCAAGUUGAACACACCAGCUACAUCAAACAAAAAGGCUUUGAGCGAUUUAGAUUAG